AACGCACGCGCAGUGGGAGCAGAGAAGGGCAGAGUGGAGCGAGGAAAACGAAAAGGAGAGUUAGGUAAUAGGAUUAGUGGAGUAAGAGCAAGGACAAGGAAGCAGGCAGAGUGAGCGGGAUACACCUGACUGAAGGGAGGGCGGCUUCUCUGCUAGCUGCACACAGACACACACAGACACACACUCACAGUGCUAGCAAGCAGGCGAAGGCAGUUAGCCAGCCAGCAGAGAGCCUGCCAGCAGCCAUGACAGACACUGACUCUCUAAGUGAGGCGUUAAAAGCUAUUAGUGUGAGUACAGAGCUGAUUGAAGAAGAGCUCAAGCCUCAUUUGGAUAAAGUGCUGGCUGCGCUGCUAGAAAAGAAGAAAGAUGCUGCUAUCGACGUUGCCAAAAGUGGGAUUCUACCCAUACUGGCUCAGGCCUUACAGAGAAAAAGCAGUCUGAGCUGCCAGGUGGCUUUGGUGGUGGCAGAGAUGGCCCGAGAAGCUGCAGUGAGGGAGCCAUGCAUCGAGGCAGGCCUGGUUAAGGUGUUGGUUCCCCAUCUGAACAGCAAUAACCAAGAACUGCUGCUGAACUCUGGCAGGGCCAUUGGGCGCAUCUGCUUUGACAACUCAUACCAGCAGGACCAGUUAGUCCAGAGUGGUGUAAUCCCCAGACUCGUUUCCAUAAUGAGGGAGUAUCCUGACAAUGAUCCACUGGUCAAUGUCUGUCUGCUGGCCUUGUGUAACCUGGCAGACAUGGACUCUGCAAGGGAGGCGCUGGCACAGCUGAAUGUUGCAGAUGUACUGAUAUUUCAGCUGAAACAGGCCCCUGAUGCUGAACGCCGACAUGUCAUUUUGGAAAUACUGGGCUCUCUGGGAGAGAGUGAUACUCUGAAACUACAAUUUGCAGAGUUGGGAGUCCCAGAAGCUUUAUCCGAGAUGAUUCGCAGUCUGCAGGGAGGGUCUGACCCACAUGACCUCUGCAGCAUCAAGAUUGCCUCCAACCUAAUGGUGUCCCUGCUUUUAGGGGAUGAGUCCAUGCAGAAGUGUUUUGGUGAAGGAUCAGGUCUGGUGUACCAGGAUGUUCUGUCAUGGCUCCAGAGCUCCAACACCCAGCUGCAGCUAUCGGGAGCACUUGCCAUUGCCAACUUCGCCAGGAAUGACAGUAACUGUGUAAAGAUGCUGGACCUCGGGGUGGUUCCUCACAUCCUGACAUUGUUGGAGCAGCACGUAGAUGAAGGAGACGUAUCUGUUCAACAUGCUGGACUAAGCGCACUCAGAAACCUUGCCAUUCCUGCCACCAACAAAGUGCGAAUGCUGGAGGACGGGGUAACUGACAGAAUAAAGACACUGCUGCGCUCUGACAUGCCCCCAGUUCAGUUCAAACUGCUGGGUACUCUGCGUAUGAUGGUGGACGGACAUGAGGAAGCUGCGUUAGUGCUGGGAAGAGAUGCUGACCUCCUCGAUCGGAUCAUGGAGUGGUGCGAAGCCAAAGAUCAUGCAGGAGUCAGAGGAGAAGCCAGUCGCCUCUUGGCUGCUCUCAUCAGACAUAGUCAGAACUCAGAAGUUGUCCGUGAAGUAGCCAGAGCCAAUGGAAUUCGGCAUCUUAUUUCUAUGGCAUCAAGUGAACAUGUCAUCAUGCAGAAUGAAGCCCUGGUUGCCCUGGCAAUUGCAAGUGCCAUUGACAUUGAGUCUAUGAAGGAUCCAUUUCGGGAGGCUGACCUAUUGCCCAUGCUGAAGAAGAUGUUGGAGGAUCCUGUGGGAGCGGUCGAGGUCAAGUUCAGUGCUUUAGGUCUCAUUUGCAGCCUGGCUAACUCCAGUGUCAUGAAGGAGGAGUUGAACUCUGUGAAUAUGAAGGAAAGCAUCAGUAAACUCACAGGUCAUAGCAGCAGUAAACUUGCCUCACAGGCCAGCUCCAUACUGACCAUCCUCAGUGACACCAGCUAAACCAGCAUCCUGCAGCAACAGGGGAUCCCAUCAGCUGUAUGGAUUUAUCGAGCUUAUUCAGUGGCAUACUUAAAUGACAGAUAUUUUACUGCACAGACAUUGCAAAGUAUUGAACUGGCUUCUUGUCACCUGUUCUGUAAAAAUUAAGGGCCCUUUUUAGUCCCCGUGUGUGCAUGUGUGGCAUGCAACAGAUUAUAGGAUUAUUUGAGUUACGCGUUUGAUUUGCUCCUUUGUUAAAAAGAAGAAACAUUGUCUUUACACUGCACAAUUCAGACAUCAUCUAAGCUCAUUUAUUUAGGUUUUCCUUUGAGUAGUAAUGAGACUGCCUAAGAGUCUUAUCAGCACAGCCUCGGGUAUAUUUGCAGCAUGUUCUGCUGCACAUUUAUGAAUCAGAUGAUGCAAUGAGUAUACAUAUAGGGCUCAAAGGUAACGACUAAAUGAAUAGCCACAAUAUAUCCAGUCUCAGGCAGUCAUGUAUCAUGACUAGCAAUAUUGUAGACAUUUCAUAAAGAUAGCAAAAGGAAAGGGUAAGAGGGCAGGUAAAGUUAACUGGAGAACACACGUUAGGUGUACCAAGUUUUACAGUACUCUGGACCAAAGAGGGUGGAUGGAGAAAUUUACUAGAGCCAGUGAUGGAGGCACAUGUGCACAUACAAAAGUUACAAAUAAAACCUCAGUGCUAAUAUCUGUAACUUCAGUAGCAGGUCAUUGGCAAAGAUGUUAUUAUAAUAUAUGUUAGUAUUAUAUAAAUUGUUAUUUAAUAUUACUGAAUAUGAGCAUCACAGUGGUGCAGUGGAAGCUCUUUGUGUGUCGCGUUACAGAAGGUGGUUCCAGGCUUCUAAUCUAAUCCAAGUGCUGCACAGGAAGUAGGAUGUCAAUAAACAAUACAAAUAAUUUAAGAACAAUUGGGGGGAGUUGGAGUACACCCUGGACCCCAGCCUGACACAGGGAUAAGUAAUAAUGUAGAAAUGAUCAUAUUAAAAUAUGAAAGUAGAAAUGGACUGGCAAAAAUGAGACAAUAAACUGGAACUAGUCUGAAGCUGAGAAAGCUGAUGGGAAGAGGAAUGUCUUCAGUUGGGUGAACAAAAACCAAGUAUGUAUAAUUCUCAAAACUGAUGUUCUACUUACAAGAAAAAGAUGAACAGAUGAGACAUGUAGUAGGCUUUAAGCUGUCAACAGUGUUGGUUAGGGCAGGAAGUGAAACAUGCCCAGAGUGAGUAAAUACACCAGUGAAGGGUUAAGAGCUGAAUUCAUUAUACUGGAGAGGACUGUGCUGUAUUUGACUGAGUAUAAAUCAAGUCAGAAAGUGUUUGUGUUAUUGAGGCCUUGAUAGCCUCCUGAUGUUUGUUAAAAUUUCAUAAGACUCUUUGAGCUCUCCUGCACUGAGUGCCCUUAAUUUAAGGCGGUAUGACCUCAAAGGACAGCAGUGCAGACAGGGUUAAAAGAAUGUAGAGAUGGAGCUUGACAGUUCAGCACAUAUUCUGCAAAUGGGUGAAGCCAACUGAUCAACAGUGUUCAAUUUGAUUAGGCCAGAGAGUGCAGCAUCGUCGUGACUCUUACUUGAUUUUUAACAUUGAUUUAAAAAUUGAUUGCACGUGGUGAGAAAGUAGCAUCCUCAGCAUUGAAUAUACACACAGAUUUGACAAGUAAAAGAACCGAAUCAUGUGUCUCGGCUCAUAUGACCUACGCAUGAGCUGGUGAGCAGAAGGGGAACAAUCAUGGAUAUUAAAAUCACCAAGAAUGAAAAUAUUACAUUUAGGCACAAAUUCAGUUACAAAGCAAAGAAAACCUUUGCUGGGCUCCUCUAGAGGCUUCUGAACAGGAAAUGGUAAUUCCUGAACAGCUUGACCAGCCAGCUUUGCCACCUUACAAGUUAACUAGUGCCAAGUAUGGAGAGUGAGAAUCAUGCUGUUAGAUAACUGCCACUUCUAAUUUGGCCACAGGUGAGUGUGCGUAGUUGUCUGUCUCUGUGUGUUAGCCCUGCGAUAGACUGGCGACCUGUUGAGGGUCUACCCCGCUUCUCAACAUAUAUGGGAUAGGCUCUAAAUUGGAUAAGCAUUAGAAAAUGGAUGGAUAGGAUGUUAUUGAAUAUGCAGCCAGAAUAGUUUACCAAACAAAUUGACGUUUUUCUCAAUAUCCCAAAGGUAAAGAGGUAAAGAAGUGACGUGUGCUCUUCCUAAGUGUUUGGAUCACUGAUUAAAAGAAAGUUUGACUAUAUCAAGGAACUUUUUUUUGCCAUGCCAGUGAUAUGAAGUGUGAUGAUUCUGCAGCAAUAUUGUUUGACCUAAAGUAGUUUUAUUUUAAUUACUCCAGCAACAAAACUAACUACUGGAUAAGAUUGUGAUAUACAAGUGAAUGUACAAUGCUCUGGUUUGUCUGUAUUGUGGCAGCUGAGGUGAUGUUUCUGAUAAUUAUUUUCUGAUAGGUUGAGCCUGUUUAAGAUGACUCAGAUUAUGUUUUAUAAUAAGCCUAUCAGCUACUAUCAAACCAGGUUGUCAGGUCUGUAAAUCACCAGUGAUAUUCUGAUGAGUGGACUCAAACAUUAAAAGGGUGUUCAUAAACAAUAAAUUGGCUUUAUGGCAUAUACUCUUCCAGUAAGAACUGCAACAGAUGUAAAUGAUGAACAUACAAAUAACAACAACAAAGGAAGAAUCUGAUAACUUAGCCUCUGGGUAUGAGGUGUGUGUGGUUCUAAAAGAUCACAUUUAUCUACUCAAUACAGUUUUAUUUAUAUAGCACCAACUGAGAGUUGCCUCAAGGCGCUUUAUAUUGUAAGUUAAAGACCCAGAUGAACAUGUCUUGAUGCAUGUUCAAUCAUCGAGGUAAGGAUAGUCGAUUCUGCCCAUCUGGACGUAGCAUUUUUUUUUAGUGGGAGAAACAUUUCCUGACUCAUCCGAGUGACUUCCACAGUCUCAGCUGACUGCAGGUUUCCCCAAUCUUAUAAACAGGACAUUUGCAUAAUGACUGAAACCAGCCCACUGAAGGAACAAUGGGCUGGGAGGUCAGUUUCUUGAUCAUUGAUGUACAAAUUGUCAUGACCAUUGAUCAACAACCACUGAUUGAAAACCAUGAGUCCCAUUCACAGAGAGUUGGGGAAUAUCUGCAAUCACAGCAUUGUAAGAUGGUAAAAGAUGUCUGAGAAGGUUCUCAGGUCAUCGUAGUCUAAUGAGCUUUGAAAGAAAAGCAUCUGGACUUAUUUAACUUUCUUAAGACAAAGUCCAGAUGCUUUUCUUUCCAAGCUCCUUAUAGUGAUAGAUGUACCCUUAGGCCGCCUCCUCGAUUCAGAGAUGGUCUUUCCCUUUUCACAUGAAUGUCCUCCUUGAUUCCUCCCUGUCCACUUUCCAGUAUUCAUGGUCUUUGAUGACCAUGGCAAAACUGCACCAAGACAUUUAAUGUUGGUUUUUACUUGAAUUUGUCGCUGUUUUGUUUGUGUCAUGUCACAAUGCUGGCUGAAGCACUUAACAUAUUUAGCAUUGCAGUCGUGUUGUGUGACUUAUAGAAAAGCUAUACAAUUAAAGACUUCCUAGUGGUCAUGUCAUGUUUUUGUAACUAGAAAAAUGAGAAUAAAAAAGUAAUGUGAUGUGAAUGUAGCAUGGGAACGUUCUAUCAGCAACACAGCUCUAGUAUUGUCUGCCAAUGCUAAUACCACUCAGUGUUACAAAAACAUUUAUAUAUAGUUAAUAAAAAUCCAGAUUAUUUUAUUUCAAAUGGAUGCAUUUGUAGAAUAAAAAUAAACUAUACAUUUCUUGACAGUGCCACUGUUAUGUGUUAUUGUAGGGUCAACCUUACAAUAUAACGUGUCUUGAGGCGACUGUUGUUGUGAUUUCGCGCUGUCUACAUGAAUUUACUCUCAUCCUCAUGUUUUGAAUUUUACAGAUUACUCAACAGACAAAUGGGGCUCAAGCAUAACAGCAAUAUCCAUACCUACACUUCAUUUUAAAGGAAGCACAAUGUGAAGAAGGUACUCGUUACACUGCACUUUUUAACAUUUGUAUAUAAACUAAACAAUCAUUCUAAUGUAGUAGCAAUACUUCUUCAGUGUGCAUCUGUAGCUGGAUCAUUUUGGGAAAGUGGUUAGCAUGUGUGUUCUGUACAACAUAAAGUGAAUAAUGAGCUGAUGGGCGUGAAGCACACUUUUGCUGUGAUGUUUAAUGUAAUAUUUGUGUGAACGUAUGUUCUGGCUAUAACUACAUUUCACUCAACAUUCGUGAACAGAUCUGUAUUUUUAGGGAGGGCAUUUUUUUUGGCCUUUUAGAAGCUUUGUUCUAGAGUGAAAACAAUAAAGUUAUACAGUGUCUUCCUCUG